UCUAGAUAUAAACGCGCGCGACCAGCUUCCGGGCACGUCAUUCGCUAUCGAGCACGGCGCAAGCGUAGCCGCACGCUUCCCGCGCUUUUUUGACAUUUCCAAUAAAAAGUGUAUUAAUUUUUUAAUUGGUGCCUGUGUUGCAAGCCAGCAUAUCUUAAGAAUAUUUGGAGAACUGCAAAAUGCGUCCGUUGCUAUUAGUUUUGUUUGUGGUGGGACUAAGUAGUGCAAGAUGGCUUCGCAAUGGUCGCUCCAACCAGCCCAAGGACACCAGCUUUGUAGGAGAGGCGAGCAGUGAACUGUCCACAGCUAUCUUUCAGGGUUACAUUGACGAUGACAAAAAUAUUGCAUUUUCGCCUCUGGGUUAUUCGGCGAUCUUGGCCAUCCUUGCGGAAGGCGCCCGUGGAGAGACUAGGGAUCAGUUAGUAUCAGCCCUGCACCUCCCUCAAGACCCUCAACUCAUAAGGAAGACAUAUCGCUACAUUAUGGAAAGACUGAAGAACAACCACGAAUACAAAUACAACCAGCCAGAGCUGAAGAACUAUUUCUACAUUUACAAGAACUACACCAUCAACGAUGACUACAAGAAGAUUCUAGAAGAUUACUAUCUAACUGAUGUACGGUCUGUAGAGCGCUACAAUCCUGAGCAGCAGAUGCAAGACGAUGAUGAAGAUGACGAAAAUAAGAGUGAAUUCACAAUCGAAAUAUCUGACAAGACUGAAGAAAAGAAAGAUGAAGAGAUUCCCGAAAUGAUGCCUCCUAAAGAAACUGAUGAGAAACUGAUCUCCUUUGCCGUCGAUGAUAUUCCUGAGAAAGUAGACAUUUCUCACAUGGACUACAAACCAGCGAAGAACAUCAAGGAAAAAAUUAAACUGGUUAAGACUUUCCCUAAGAAAACUGAGUCAGAAGACGAAGAAGAAACUAUGGUCGCUGUUGAAGCCAGAAACCAUGCUAGAAGCCUUAAAGCUUUGCAGGGUAUUCGUGAUGUUACGUCCAGCCUCUCAGUGAAUAGUGUCGGAAAGAAAUCAACCUCCAUCUCAGACUCUCUAAUGAUCAUCUUCAACGGCAUGUACUUCCGUGGCUCAUGGGAGAAACCUUUCGACACUGUUGAGCCUGGUGUGUUCUACAAAUCCAACACAGAGAAAAAGCAGGUUCCCAUGAUGAAGAUCAAGGGAAGUUUCAAGACUGGCGCUAUACCUGAACUUGACGCUGAGGCCAUCAAACUGCCUUAUGCUGGUGGUCGCUACGCCUUGUUGCUAGUGGUACCUCGCACCCGCGACGGCCUGACCAGGUUGACUGCCGACUUGCCCGUGACACCUCUCUCUGACAUCCAAGACAGUCUGAAGGACGAAGAGCUCCAAGUAUCCAUUCCUGCUUUCUCAGUGGAGACCACUACUAAGCCUGUUGCUGCAUUGGCUAAGUUUGGUGUUAGCAGUAUCUUCAGCCGAGAGGCGGACCUGACCGGUAUAUCUUCAGAUGAGGGUCUGUUUGUACAAGAGCUGGUGCAACACGUAGCUGUGCGUGUUGAUGAAACCGACAGCUCAGCUUCAGAAUUAUCAGCAUCCAACCCAGUUAUGGAACUCUCAAAGAACUUGCCGUUGGCUCCACCCAAGGCUGUCCGUCGCUUCAAUGUGGAACAUCCCUUCAUCUUCUACAUCUUAGACACUUUGGACAACCUAGUCGUCGUCGCCGGCAAAGUCAUUGAACCUGAGAAACCCUUUGACAACUAAUUAGAAACAAAAUUUGGAAUUUUUUGAAUCCUCGUCACCAUCUUUGGUGUUUCUUUUUCAUACACUGUCCUGAGGACCUAACAACUGCCUUCGGCACUCUCGAGGGAGAUUCCCACCCGUUUCGCUUGUAUUUAUUUGUUUCAUUAUGAAGUACUUUUAUACCUUGCUGUGAGAUUGUACAAGUUUCUAAAUAAACAACCAGAUGCAUUUGAUUAUGAAAAAGUACACAGCGUAGUUUGUAAGUUAGAUAUAAGUUAUUAUUUAUUUUUUUGUAAUGUUGUGAUAUGGUUAAGAUUAAAUUAUUUAUUUGAAUUGGCAA